AUGCCUGAAAUCGCCGAAGUCGCGCGCAUAGUACAUUACAUUCGAAAACUGCUUGUUGGUAAAACCAUCGCGAAGGUCACCGCCACAGAUGAUUCAAGCGUCUACGGCAAGGUUGGCACCUCAGCCGCCGAAUUCGAGAAACACAUGGCUGGCAAAAAGAUUGUCGAUGCUGGCCAACAAGGCAAAUACUUCUGGAUGAUCAUGUCAAGUGCACCUCACCCAGUAAUGCAUUUCGGCAUGUCGGGAUGGUUGAAAUUCAAAUCUGAGCACACCUACUACUACCAGCCGCAAGAGGGCAAGAAGGACGAGACUUGGCCUCCAAAAUUCAUGAAGUUUAUGCUGAAGAUGAAGUCAGAAGAUGGAGAAGAGGCGAUUGAGGCAGCUUUUGUCGAUAUGAGAAGGUUCGGCCGAAUCAGGCUGGUUGACUGUCCUGCUGCUGAGAUCCGACAACAUUCACCGCUGGUCGAGAACGGACCGGACCCAGUUAUCGACAAGAACAUCGUCACCGUCAAGUGGCUCAAAGAGAAGUGUAAGAGCAAGAAAGUGCCCAUCAAAGCCAUGCUGCUGGAUCAAGCCAACAUCAGUGGUAUCGGCAACUGGGUAGGGGACGAGAUCAUGUACAAUGCAAAGAUCCAUCCUGAGCAAUACGCAAAUACCUUGAACGAUGAACAGAUCGAACAGCUACACAAGUCGAUCCAUUACAUCUGCAGCACCUCGGUGGAGCUGCUGGCCGAUUCUGAGAAGUUCCCAGAUGACUGGCUGUUCAGGCAUCGAUGGGGGAAGGGCAAGAAGGGUGCCUCAAAUACUUUACCAAAUGGGGAAAAGAUUGCAUUUCUGACCGUGGGCGGACGGACUAGUGCUGUUGUGCCUUCGGUUCAGAAGAAGACUGGGCCUGUUGCGAAGGAGAUGAGCGAGGCUGAGGUCCCAGAUGGUGAGGAGGAAGAUCCACCAAAAAAUACCAAGGGUAAGAAACGCAAGGCCGCGAAAGAGGACGAAGACGAAGACGAGAAACCCCAAGAGUCGAAAGGAAAGAAGCGCAAGUCUGCUGUCAAAGAGGAGGACGAGGAUGAGGACGAAGAAGAAGUGAUGCCGAAGAAAACAACUGCUAGGGGCAAGAAGAUGCAAACCGGAGAGGAGGCGAAGCCCAUGGUCAACGGAGAUGCUAAGCCAAUAUCAAAGACCAAGAAGCCUGGCAAUGAGCCACCGAAGAAAGUGGAAGAGAAGUCACUUAAAGCAGGGAAGACUCCUGCGGCUCAGGGGAAAGCAGGGAAGUCUUCAUCACUGGAGCUGGCAUCAAAUGACACGGGCAGGAGACGAUCGGGUCGAUUAAGCAAGUCCUGA